AUGUCAACUACAACAGUCCAUUCGGUUUUUUCAUAUGCUAUCAAGUUGAUUUUUGGGAUUGAGAACCUGCUUAAGCACCAAUGGGCUAAUUCAAGACUAAAUCAGCAGCAUGAAAACGACCAAGGAAAGUUCAACCCCGAUUAUAUUGCAUAUGUCAAAGUAAGAUCGAUCAGGCACGAUGUUACAAUCGCAGAAGUAAAGCCAACAAAUGCUGGUUCAGGAAGGCCCCCGUCAGACCUCGUAAAGCUCGGACAGCAGAUGAAGGUCAUGCUCAAUAAUUUGGUAAUCUAUCGUAUCGACCCUCCUACCGUAUGCGGUAUUCUAGUUGAAGGAAGUCAUUGCUCAUUGUACAAAAUGAAUCGAUGGGCAAUCAUUUCUAUCCUAUGCACCAGGGUCACAUUUUUUAUUUUUACAACUAAAUGGUGUUGCUCUCUUCGUUCUGACUUUGCAGUUCCAUUACGGAAGUCUCUUAGAUCCCGAACUAUCGCUCUAGAUAGAGCCAAGAAACGCGAGUCUAAUGAACUUACAAGGGCAAAAGGAAAGCGUAGAUUUGAAGAAGCGGUACCUAUGUCCUGGGUGCACGAAGAUACCUGUACAUUUUCCAUGGUGAAAGAAUCGAACGAUUAA